GUCGAUCGCGAUUGAGAAUUUGUUUAUUGUAGCUCAAUCGAUUAAAAGUUGUUUUAUUUUGUUUUGAUGCUAGAAUAAAUUUUUAUCGUUUAUUAUAAAUUAGCUAAUUAAUUAAACAUGAACUAAUAUAAUAGGAUAUUUGUGAUGUUUGAGUUUUAAAAUUAUUACUUACUGCGUCUUUCUUAUUUUCAACAUCAUGACGAAUCUUGAUGUAAGUAACAGCAGUACAGACAGUAGUUCAGGAUCUAGCUCUGAAUCUAGCAGUAGUGCUUCAUCAUCAUCAACAUCAGGGUCUGGCUCCAGCAGCUCAGAUUCCGAUUCCUCUGCCUCUGAUGUCCAGGCAACAACUGCACAGCCAAAAUCCCCAAAUCCACCACCCCAAGAAGAACCUAAGAAAAAGGAGGAACCUAAACCAAGGCGUUCAUCGAAACCAAAACUAUUAUCGUCUAGUGAUGAAGACACACCUAAAAUACCAAGCCCUAAACCCCUGCCACCAAGACGAAGAGGAUCAGCAAAGCAAACAAAGAAUGCUGCAAGUGUAUUGGCCAAAAAGCCAGCAGCUAAAACAGCCACUGGUGCAAAAGUGAAAGCUAUAUCAAAAACUGUCAGUAAAGCAUCUAAAAAUGACAGUGCAUCAAAGAAAAAGAGCAUCUUCUCUCCCGAUAACAGUUCAGAAUCGGACUCAGAGAGCAAAGAGAGUAAAUCGUCAAAGGCCAGUCCAAAAGCAUCGCCAAAAGGUAAGAAACCUGCGACAAGAAAGUCUAGUGAGGAAAAAGAUUCAUCUCCGUUAACUCCAGCUCGUUCGACUACAAAUGAUGAUUCAAAUUCUACAUCUAAGGAUAGUUCUAAGCGUAGAGCAAGCAGAUCAAAUGGACCACCACCAAAGAAAUUGUCUGAGGAUAAGAGUGCAUCUUCCUGCACAUCGAGUCAGUCAUCUGUGGAAUCUGUGUCGUCUGAUAGUGACAGUGAACCUAUGCCCAAGAAAGACCCGCCGAAAACAAACAAAAAGCAAGGAUCAAAAAGCGGGGACUCCGGAGACUCCGUAGUAGAAGUGCCGCGCAAAUUAACACGAUCCAUAUCAGCGCGGGUGUCCCGCAUGGCUGCGUCUAAACCUAACCACACAGACACGGACUCGGAUAACGAGGAACGAGAGAAGAGUAAUGAAAUGAGCAAAGAAGACAAACGGCUGGCGAAAGCACGCGCAGCGCUUGUAAAGUCGCCAGCCGUUCACCACAGGCCAGCCACACCCUCGGAGAGACGGUGUCCCGUGAGGGGAUGUGAUUCUACUGGACAUUUAGGUGGCAAAUCCGAAAAGCACUUCACGUACGACGCGUGCCCCAUAUACCACAACGUCACCGCAGCGUGGUGCGUGGCGGCGGCGGAGGAGCGCGGGGCCGCAGCGGCGGCGCGGCGCCGAGCGGUGGCCGCCAUGCUGCAGCGCCCGCGCGCCAUGCCCACUAUCGAGCAGCGCGCGUACCAGCUGAAGGUCAAGGACAUGCGUUCAAAAUGGAAGGGCAGUCACGAACUAAAAGCGAUGACGAACAACGAUGAACAGGGGGAGGAAAGGGAGCCAGUGCUAGAUGGUUUUGUACCGGAUUACGAUUUGAGAUUGUUCAGAGAUGCCCAAGCGCUCGCUGCUGUUAAGAUUGAAGAGGAGUUGGAGGAUAUUGCGUCUGAUAAGGGCACUAGAUACGUAGUGAUGGGCAAGUACAUGAUGGAGGUAUGGUACCAAUCUCCAUACCCGGGGGAGGCUGCCCGCGUGCCGCGCCUGUUCGUGUGCGAGUUCUGCCUCAACCACCACAAGUGUGCCUGUGGGGCGGCCCGCCAUCGGGCCAAGUGUGUGUGGAGACACCCGCCGGGGGAUGAGAUAUACCGCAAAGACAACCUCAGCGUAUGGCAAGUAGAUGGCCGUAAGCACAAGCAGUAUUGCCAGCAACUGUGCCUACUCGCCAAGUUCUUCCUCGACCACAAGACGCUGUACUACGACGUGGAGCCGUUCUUGUUCUACGUGAUGACGUGUGCUGACAGUGAGGGUUGCCAUAUCGUGGGAUAUUUCAGCAAGGAAAAGAACUCGUUCCUGAACUACAAUGUGUCGUGUAUACUCACGCUGCCACCGUACCAGCGGCAAGGCUACGGGCGGCUGCUCAUUGAUUUCAGUUACCUCCUGACCAAAGAAGAGGGCAAAGUGGGAUCACCAGAGACACCUCUAUCGGAUCUUGGUCUAAUAUCCUACAGAUCCUACUGGAAGGAGGCGAUCCUUAAACGACUAUGUUCUGCACCCGGGCCUGCGCUGUGUAUACGAGAUCUUAGCAAAGACUUGGCGAUCGCUUCGUCGGAUAUAGUGUCGACGUUGCAAGAGAGAGGUCUCAUGAAGUACUGGAAGGGCAAGCAUAUUGUGCUGAAGAAACAGGAGGUGCUGGAGGACGCGAGUCGCCGGGCCACGCGUGUGCGCAGCGUGGAGCCGGGCGGGCUGCGCUGGUGGGGCGGCGGCGCGGGCCGCUGA